GGUGUAUGUUUGAAUCUGCGUCCCGCGUUUCAGCGCAACGACGCUGAAGUAAAGUGUCAGGUUUCAUCUCUCUUGACUUUCCGUACUUUUCGAAGUGUUUCUAAACAGUGGAAGCUAGAAGGAAGACACCAACCGUCUAUCCGCUUGACGCUAGCUAUUUUAUCACAAAUGUUUUUUUUUAACGUAUUGGAAUAAUCUCUGCGAAUAUUACUGUCAGACAACAGACAAGACUGACGUUAAUUUAAUAUUGCUAACCAAAAAAACUAGUUUUGUUGCAUGCUGUACGGAUGAGGAUCUAAUACUGGCGAGCAACUUCGGCUAAUGUUAGCCACAAACGCGAUCAUCAUUUGAGACUUAUCAGCCAGGGAAGUAGCUAGGUAGCCAGCUUGUUGGCUAAAUAUUGAAUAAUUUCUGUGACUAUGGCGGAGGGAGCGGUCUAUGGCGGGGGGGUAAAUUCAUUUACCUCCAGGGUUACAAAAAGGGUUAGCAAUGUGAAUGCUGCCCCUGCAGCCGCAAACAUGCGACGGAAAAGUCGACAACAAAGUCAAAGGCGGACCACUCACAACCGGGUGGUUCUGGAGCGAGUCCUGGGCAUCACCACCUCAAACAGCAGUGGGCUGGCCUGUGACCCCAACACCGGCCUGGUGGCCUACCCUGCAGGGUGUGUUGUUGUGAUCCUACACCCAAAGAAAAACAGACAGACCCACAUCCUCAAUACUUCAAGAAAAACCUUCACCGCCUUGGCCUUCUCGCAGGAUGGAAAGUAUUUGGUCACUGGUGAGAGUGGUCACAUGCCGUGUGUGCGGGUGUGGGACGUGGCAGAGCGGGCCCAGGUGGCGGAGGUGCAGUGCCAUAAGUACGGGGUGGCCUGUGUGGCCUUCUCCACCAACAGCAGCUACAUCGUGUCUGUAGGCUACCAGCACGACAUGACCGUCAGCGUCUGGGAGUGGAGGAAGGGGACGGUGAUAGCGUCCAACAAGGUGUCUAGCAGAGUUCUGUCCGUCUCUUUCUCUGAAGACAACAGCUACUUUGUCACAGCAGGAAACCGACACGUCAAGUUCUGGUACCUAGACGCUUCUAAAGAGAGACGGGUGAACAGCACGGUGCCUCUGAUUGGCCGAUCAGGCUUGCUAGGGGAACAGAGGAACAGCAUGUUCUGUGGUCUGUCGUGUGGGCGGGGCAACAUGGCCAGCAGCACCUAUUGCAUCACUUCCUCUGGCCUGCUGUGUCAGUUCAACAGCAGGAGGAUGCUGGACGCCUGGGUGGACCUCAAGACCACCUCUGCUCGCUGUCUGUCGGUGAACGAAGUGUUGAUCUUCUGUGGCUGUGCAGAUGGCACCGUCCGAGUCUUCAGCCCCCAGAACCUUCAUUACAUCACCACCCUGCACCGGCCACACUGCCUGGGAGUGGACAUCACACAGGGCCUUCAGCCAGGGCAUCUGUUUGUUGCCAACCCCAAGGCAGAGUACCCAGACACCCUAGCCCUGACCUUUGACCCUGUAACCCGUCACCUGACCUGUGUAUACAACGACCACAGUGUGUAUGUCUGGGAUGUCCGGGACAUCAGGAACGUCGGGAAGGUCUACUCUGCCCUCUACCACAGCGGCUGUGUCUGGAGUCUAGAGACAUACCCUGAUAUGGAUCUGUCCCGCUCCUGUCUGCCCCCCGGAUCCUUCCUCACCUGCUCUUCAGACAAUACCAUCCGGCUGUGGCACAGCGACCCGGGGCUGGUGCAGGGGCAGGGAACCAGCUGCCACCGUAACCUCUACAGCCAGGAUCUGUUGAGGAUUGUUUAUGUGGGGGAGGACACCCAGCACCUUCAGACGGAGGGGGAGAGAGGAGAGGGGGCCGGGAUGGAUGCUAAGUCAGGGAUCCGAGUCCUGGGCAUCAGUCCUGAUGGACAACACCUGGCAGCUGGGGACCGCAACGGAAACGUACAUAUAUUUGGUCUACAGUUCAUGGAUCAGCUGCAGAAGAUCGAAGCCCACGACUCUGAGGUGCUGUGUCUGGAGUUCUCCCCUACAGAGACAGGUCUGCACCUGCUGGCGUCGGCGAGUCGAGACCGUCUGAUCCACAUAUUCAACAUGGAGAGGAGCUACAGCCUGGAACAGACUGUCUAUGACCACUCAGCCUCCAUCACUGCUAUCAAGUUCACUGGUGUGAGCCCAGAAGUUCUUAUGGUGAGCUGUGGUGCUGAUAAGAGCAUCUACUUCCGCACCGCUGAACAGUCGUCGGAGGGGCUGAACUUUGCCCGCAGUCACCACGUAGUAGAGAAGACCACUCUGUACGAUAUGGACUUGGACGCUACUCGCACCCACACAGCCAUCGCCUGCCAGGACCGGAACAUCAGAGUGUACAACGUGAAGAGUGGCAAGAUGAAGAAGUGUUUCAAAGGUUCUACAAGUGACGACGGAACACUGUUGAAGGUUCAGAUGGACCCCGCUGGGAUCUACCUAGCAACAAGCUGCUCUGAUAAGAGCAUCUGUAUCUUUGACUAUGAGUCAGGAGAGUGUGUGGCCACCUUGUUCGGUCACUCAGAGAUUGUAACUGGGAUGAGGUUCAGCCAGGACUGCAGACACCUCAUCACCGUAUCUGGAGACAGCUGUGUGUUCCUGUGGAGGCUGGACUCCCAGAUGACUAACUCUAUGAGGAAGAGGCUGGCUGAGAGGAAACAGACAGCUGGAGUAAAGACUACUGCCAGAGCCCCGACAAAGGAGCAUGUUAUCAGGAGAGAGACCUUCAUCACUGUGCCGUUCGGCUGCCUCCCCCAGACAGAAGAGGAAGAGGAAGAUGACCCCAGGACUCCAGCUAGAUGUGACAUCACUCACGUCUCUCCUCCAGACGUUCUUUCUCUAGACCCCAUGGUUCUACAGACCAACGGCAAACUGCCCAUGUGGGCCAGGAAACUGGGUCCUGCAGCAGGCACCGCUGCUCUCCCCGCCGAGCUCCAGCCAGCCCCCCUCCAGCCGCGCGGGCGCUGGGCAGAGCAGCGCAACCCCCUGGCCAUCCGCUCUGUCCUGGAGACACACAGCCUGCAGCGCCCUCUCUCCCCCACCCCCCGGAGAGCAGAGGGACCAGGAGAGGAGGAGGAGGAGGAGGAGGAAGAUCCAUACUUCCACCCUCAGAGCCUGGACAGCCUGCUGGGAGAGGAGGAGGAAGAGGUGGUGAUGGAGGAGGAGGAAGAGGUGGUGAUGGAGGAGGAGGAAGAGGUGGUGAUGGAGGAGGAGGAAGAGGUGGUGGAGGAGGAAGAUGUGGUGGAGGACGACGAAGACCAGGGUUCUGGGUCUCUUCAGAGGCCUGGGUUCCUGGCCCUACCGGACAGUGACGACAUGUUUGGUCCAGGCCUCAGCUCUCCAGAGAGGAGUAGCUACAUCCUCUACCCUGCCAACAGCACCACGCUGUCCACUGGAGGAAGAGAGGGUGAGUUUGGCCAGCAGCACCAGCAGCAGCGGGGCUGGGGAGGAGAGGAGGAGCUGAGUCCAGACAGCGCCUGUUGUGUUGGUUCUGCAGAGAGCCAGGACCAACCCCAGGAUGAUACAGACUCCCUGAGCCAGGUGAGUUCUACAGGUAGCUCUGGAGUGGAGGAAGAAGAGGAAGAUCCACAGACACUCCUUAGACAACACUUUGACACCAUGGCCAACCACCUGAGCAACGAGGAGAAGUUUGAGACCGACCUAUCCAGUCUGCAGCCUCCACCCCUAGAGACAGAGAGCCUCUUCCUCAACCCCAGGUUCAGCAUCUCUACACGCUUCCUGUCUCGUUUCCAGAGCCGCCUCCGUGGUCCUGGUGCCGCCCUGCGACCCGCUCCUCUCCCGCCCAGCAUCACUGAGGAGCCCAGCAGCCUCUCCUCUCCUGACUCGACCCCGGCCCCCAGCCUCAACACCACUCAGGCCAACUCAAAGCAGUUCCUUGUGAGCAGUGCUACAGAAUGUCUUCAAGAGGAGAGCCAGACCUCCGUGAGGGGUGUGAAGUGUCAUCCAGCAUCUUUAAAGAGGCGCUCCUCUUCGGUCCAGCAGACUCCCCAACCCCGCCCCGCCCUACGCAGCCGCAAAACCAUAGCUGUACUACACUGGAGAGAUACUCUGGGAGGUGUGUGUGGUCGAUCCACCACAGCAUUGAUUACUGUGACUCACCUUUCUUUAUGUUCCAACCCGUCAGAUGUGACAGAUAAGACCCUGAGGUCUCAGUCUAGUGGUCCACCAUCAUCAUUCAGCUCCACCCUCAAACCCUCCCAGCCCGGGUUGGACAAGGAGCCCCUGACCCGGCCUCCUCGCCAGAGCUACAUGGGAACCACCACCAGCUCCAGAGCCAAGAGGUCCCAGGGUGAGGGCCUGAACGUCUCCCCGACUGAGGAGCACCCUGCUGGAGGGAAGAUCGUGGAGGCGAGAGCCUCAUCCCUCCAGGACCUCCAGAACAUUACAGACCCGGAGUGCAAGGAUAAUCUACCACCCUCUGCCCAGCCCCCUGUAUCCCACACCACCACCACCACUUCCUCAGUGGAGCCUCCUGCUCCUGCCAGCCAGCCUCCCUCCGUCCCUCCUUCUCCUGCGGGGAACCACAGAGCCAGAGCAGCUCUCCACCUGGACCUGGCUGUGCCCUCUGACCCCCCCACCCUAACCCUCCCCUUCCCUCUGGCCUCCCACAAGUCCCAGAGGGGGAUCGGAGACUCAACUCGCCCGGCACGCCACGCCCUGGUCACCCCCACUGAGAUGCGUUCUUUGGGGAAGGAGGCGAAGAGGUACCUCCGUAACAUGGAGGACAGCCUGGGGCCACGGGGAGGAUCCUCAGGGCCCCGCAGCAGCCUGGCACCGGCCCCCACCCCCGCCAUGGCCCCGGCCCCCACCCCCGCCAUGGCCCCGGCCCCCACCCCCGCCAUGGCCCCGGCCCCCACCCCGCCAUGGCCCCCGGACCCCACCCCCGCCAUGGCCCCGGCCCCCCGUCUGAGCCCAACCCUCCCUCAGGCCCAGCUCACUGAGAGCCCCUCCCAUCUGCCCCUGCAGCAGCAGGCUAGCGACAGUCCUGGUUCUGCCUGUUCUUUCCCUCUCCAUGGUGACUCUGGUCUCCAUGGUGACUCUGGUCUCCAUGGUGACUCAUUAGAGGAAACGCUGAACCUUCAGAUGUGUCACCAGGUGGCCAACGAGUUGAGGCACACCAUGAGAAGGGCCAUCACAUUCUACAACAAGGUCCGCUGCGUUACAGACGGCCCAGAGCAGCAGGGCCAGAUGUCGGCCAUUUUAAAAGAGGCCUUCUGUGUUGCGCAGACGGAGCUGGACUCUCUGGUUCCUUCAGGUCCGAGGUCAGCAGCAGGUCACAGCGCCCCCUGUCCCCCGGAGGACUCUCCAGGUCGCCAGCUGAGAGAUGACCGGACCGUCGCUCUACUGGAGAAAUACUCUGAGAUGCUGCUGUGCAUUGCUGAGAAGAAGAUGGACAGCAGCUAGCUGAUGGGUUUGCCUAGAUGGGAAUGCCCCGCUGCAGGUUAGGAGAACUAACGUAGCAAAUUAGAAUUAGGUUAAGAUUAGGAAAGGGAUUAGGGUUAGCUAAAAUGCAAAGAUUAUCCCUGAUGUAACUCGAAUAUGCAAGUUUUAACAUAUUCUAGACAUGACCCUAGCUGAUGGAGGAUGAGACAAGACGUCCUUACGGGAAGCAAAUAUCAACCAUAUGAGAACAAUUGGAUGCUUUUCCUUUUCCACCAGGCUGUUUCAAUAGCAUCCUGGCCUUUUUAAUCAACAGCACCUUUAAACCUGACCGGAAGACUGUCUGUGUAUAUUAGAAUGUUUAUUUAGAUUUGUUUUAAGCCAUACCUUUAGUGAAUGUUUUAGCACGGCAUUAGAGACUGACUGAAAUAAAUCAGUGGUAAAUACAUGCUUCACCAUCUAGUUUAAAGUCUCCAACUUGUUUAAAAUCUUUAUUUUUAGCUUUGUCUUAUGAUCCUAUUUAUCUUUAUGGAUGUUUUAUUUCUUUUGCUUAUUACUUAAUUUAAGCUCUUGUUUUGUCUGUCUUUGUGUGAUAGCCGUUUGUCUGUCUGUUUUCGUGUGAUCGCCGUUGUCAUUCUUGGGUUAUUUAGCGCUCAAUGGUGGUCUGCUUGAAGUUACCCCAGGGCCCGUAUCCACAAAGCAUCUUGUUGUUGUUUUUUUCUGAAUACGAUUACAUGGACAGAUCCUCGAUCAGCGCUCCUUUUGAGAUGCUUUGUGGCUAUGAGCCCUGGUCCAUAUCCCAUUCUGUAUCUAGCCUUGUAGCCAUUGACACUUUAUUUCAAACAUGAUCUAUUGAGCAUCAAAGCAGUCCAAUGAGGAGUCAUUCAGCCACAACCAAAGUGACCCGCUUUAAAUCAGUGUUUACAUUUUUUUUUUUUUACUCUUAUUAAUUACGGUGUAACAUUUAUUUGGACCCUGUCCAGGUAUUUGUGUACCGGUAUGUUUGCUAUUUCAUACUGAGGAGUUCUCUAUCUAGUAGUCAAGUUUAAGUUCAGUAUUAAAGUUUUGUUUAAGCUCGGUGUCUGAUUGAUUCCUAUUGAGGUUAGAGCCAACAUACACUAGUGUUAAGGGCUGUAUUAUGCUAUGGCCUAUUUCUCAAAAAUAGCAUAUAAUGGCAUCAGGUGGGUAUAAAGGUGUCACCGUCACCUGCAGUGUUUGCACAGUCCCUGUGGUGUUUCACUGUGUACUUCAUGGUUUGUCGUGAAAUUUGUUAAAUUUCAAUGUAAAUAUUUGUAAUAUUUUACCCUUCUGCUGUUGCGUUCAUACGAAAUGUCUAUUUUACUAAGAAUUUGUAAUAAACGUGUUUUACAUAUUG